AUGACUCUUUUUUCACCCAAGACCCCGGCUCAUCAUGCAGCUUUCAAUGGUCAUCUGCCGUGUAUCAAGUUAUUGGUUGAAAGAGGAGCAGACUUGGAUAUUCCAAAUGCUGAUGGAAAGACACCAGUUGAACUGGCUGUACAUGAGGCUCAUGCUAAUUGUGCACAGUAUUUACAACAUGAAACAGGUAAUCAACAAAACAGGUAAUCAACACAACCUGAAUAUUAAAUUAUAUUUGCUACCUAGGUUGGAUGUUACCCUCAGUAUUAUUAUUUCACUCUGAAAAUACAACAUCUUAUUCAGGGCCGCCCAGGGGGGGGGGGCAGGGGGGGCAAAUUGCCCUGGGCCCCGAGUUGCUGGGGCCCCUGAAAAAUUUUUGUUCGGCCCCAGCCUUUUUUGUGUGUUAAAUAUUUCCGCGCAAAGGACAAGAUAUCUGUUUUCUUGGGCUAAGUACCGAAUUUUGGCAUAAAAAAAUGAGAUAAAGUCCCUUGAAAGCAAUUGCAACGUACUCGUCUGGAAAAAUUUUGUACUCCAGAAAAAAUUUUUUACCCCUAAAAUGGUACACUGACCGAAAAUUUUUUGGCGAUGGGGGGGGGGGAAAUUUUUUUAGAUAGGGGCCCUUAAAAAAAAUUUUUUUAGAUAGACCAUUGACAAGUUUGUUGCUAGUCAAUAUGUUCAUUUCUGUUAGUCAAUCUAUCAACAUUGUCCAUGUCGAAUAAAACAGACAUUCUUUUUUUCUUGGCUUUCUUAAACAACAUGUUUCAUGUUUUAUACUAAGCUUUGUCAAGAGACAGGAUAAACACACAUUGCUCAGUUAUGUAGUGCUCAGAGUAUGCAUGCUCUGGCAUUUUUUGUCCACUUUACCGGUUUAUUCCAGGCUGCAUUUGUACAAUUAACAACAGGAACUUGCCAUAGAUACAUGUACUGUACGCUAAUGUACCUAUUUUUAUGUACAUUAUUUCUCUAGCUCGUAGAAGAAUGGAACAAGAGGCAUUGUUACAAGAAGGUAGCGUCUUGUUAAGUCCUAAAUUAUAGAGACUCACAACUACUGAGAGCAGUGAGGCAAAUUGAAUAACCAGCUGUAGUAAUAUGCUUAAAAUGUUGACAAUUACAGUAUACUGGUAAUAUAAAAGUAAAAUGAAUCUCUUUUUCAGCCCUUAUCACAGAGACAGCCAACGGUAAAUUUCAUCGUGUCGAAGAAAUCAUUGAGAAACUUGGUGAUAGUUUUAAUAUUGACAAACAAUAUAAUGCUGGCGAAACGUUGCUAAUAAAGUAAGAUAUUAAUGCUUCACAAAAUUAACACUGCAAAAUUUGCUGAAUUUGAACAGAAAACCAGCCAAAUGUUUUUCCUAGAGGUCCACUUACAAUCAUCCUGUAUCUGUGAAAUGUUACCAGGAGAAUGCCAGAGUACCUAGCGAAACCUGUAGUUUUUGGUAGAAUCCAUCUGGAAGAAAUUAUAUCAGACAUCGCAUAUUGCAGGAAUGGAAUUCCAGUCAAAGUAACAUGGUUUGCCAUCAACAUUACAAAAGAAGGCAUUCCACACUGUUAGUUUUGAUUGCUACUAUUUAUACUGUUUAUUUUGUUACUAUAGAGCAUGUGAGAAAGGCAAUGCUGACAUUGUGGAUUUAUUACUGAAGAAAGGAGCGUCAGGACAAUGCAAUCCAUUCACAGGGAUCUCUCCUCUCUAUGCUGCUUGUGUUAAUGGCAAUGUAGAGGUUGUUAAACCUUUGCUGGAGAAAUUUCCAGCAUUAGCAAAACAUGGAACAAAAGUUGAGAAUAACAACCCACUUCACAUUGUGUCUGGUAAUGGCAAUGUUGAGAUUACCAAACUUAUGCUGCAAACUGAUGAUGGGUGAGUGUUAAAAUAUAACAAGAACUUUGUCUGAAAGUUAAUAAUCCCUCAAGUCAAGUGUAUUGUUUCUUGUUACCGACACAAGAACCUCACGUUCAAAUAUUAAAGCAUAACUGAAGAAGAGCCUGACUGAAGAAAAUGUUAACAGCACAUUAAGUUGAACAGUAUCAAACUUGCAUGAGAAAUUAGCAAACGUUUCUCUUGCAUUGCCAGGCAGAGUAUUAAAAGUGAAUGUGUAAUUAGCUCAUUGUAUAAUUUAUACAUGAUACUUUGAUGGUGGAGGUAUGCAGUUCCCUCUAGUUCAUUUUAUGCUUAAUAACUGUACGACAGAUACUGUAAUCCAUCGGAUAAGUGAACUGUCUUGACAGACGGUCAAUCUCUGGUAAACAUCCCGCCAUUAUUAACUUGUUUUGAAAUUGUUUCCUAGGUCUGAACCCUAUCCAUGUAUUGGUCUGGAUGUCAACUGUCAAACAUCCAGUGGUAUGACUCCAUUACAUAAUGCAGCAACUGCUGGUCAUGCUGAAAUUGUCAAAAUACUUUUGAAACCAAAUCAUCGCUGGUAGGUUUUAUGCCGUACAAUACAUUUUAUUUGUAAUAAUUAAUAAUAAUUACAAUUUAUAUAGCGCAAAUUAGCAUUUAUAUAUGAUCAAAUGCGCUGAUAUGAUCAAAUGUAUUCCUUAUAUGACAACUGACGCUACACAUGUUAAAAUGCACAAGUUGUAAAAACCUGCUGCAGACUUGUAGCAAUGCUGUUCAACAACUUACAUGUAUCAACAGGAUGUGUUCGCACUGCUUGUUCCCAGCUUGUUGAUAAGUUGGACACAAAGUUGUUGAGCUCAACAGACUUUAAAAGUUGUUCCAACAACUUGUUCCAACAAUUUGUUAUCGUCCUGUUGUUCAAUAAUUUGCCAACAACUUGUUAGUGACAACCUUGCAGCAACUUGAUUAAAUAGCAGCGUUGUUGACAAGCGUAAUUGCUACAUGCCUGUUGCGAACUCAUGUUGUUGACAAGGUGUACAGUAAGAUUUUUGCGUGUGUAUAUGACAACACCCUUCGUCUCACACUUCGAUUUGUGUAAUAUAGAAUUGUCAGAUUAUAAUCUCGCCUCUGUCGGAAAUCACAAAAAAGUGGAAAAACUGGUCCAAUAACUGUUUAUUAUUCCUAUUCUAGCACUCCACCGUGUACGAUGACAUCUGAGGUGGACGUGAAUGCUCGUUCGAAAGUCGGCCGUACGCCCUUGCACGACGCCGUGACGAUUGGUCACGUAGACGUAGUUGAAAUACUUCUCGAAAACCAGGCAAAUCCAAACUGUGCAGCACGUACAGACGAAUUGGCAAGCGGUUUUGAAGAAAUCAGUGAAGAAAUGGCUGAUAUGGUUAAUACAAUAAACAAUGGUACUGUCACUCCACUUCAACUGGCUUGUUAUCAGAAGAGAAUUGACAUGAUGAAGGUUGGUAUUAAGAACGAUGCUAGAGAGAUUCAUUAACCAAUCAGAAGCGUUCAAUAUAUCCGAUUAACCAAUCGCAUGCAAUUGAUCUAUCCAAUCAAUUGAUUGAUCUAUCCGAUCUAUUUAAUCUAUCCAAUUGAGCAAUCAGAUGCGUCCUGAGCCAGUAAGAGGUACAGUAGUGGAAGUCAAAUCUGAACAACCUCUCUAUUAAUGUGUUAUUAAUGACCAAGAAUAAGGCUUAACAUUUUUUUAUUAAAAACGACGUUUCGGAGUUUAUCCUUGGUCAUUAAUAACACAAAAAAGUCUAUUAAUAAAAUGAGGCUAAGAGAAAGUUUGAUAUUAAAUAUUUUGAAGAUUCUCUAUUAAUAGUGAUUAUAUGAUUCGUCUUUUUAUAAUUUGUAAUUUUUCACAGCAAGCCAAUAGCCUUCCCCUUUGUUGCACAUUCACAUUUGUCAAGCGAGGAAGAAGGGAACAAGAUUACAUUUAUUUGUGUAAGUGAAAACUAUAGCGAACCCUUAUUCUGUAUUUAAGGUGUUGCUUCGUCAAGGUGCGAAAGACGUUGGUAACAAAUGUCUCCAUCAUGUGAUUACAAAUAACGACGAAGAGAUUACCACUUUGCUUCUUGGAAAAGGUAUGGUAUUUUUGUUUUGUUUUUGUAAUUGCCUUUCCAGAUCAAAAAAAUCUGUCCAAAACCCUAUCCUAAAUCUAUUUCGAAGAUUAUAGGUAUUCUGACCUACAUAUUUGUUUCGGGAGUAAAUCUUUUAGAUUUGGGGCAGUGUGGGCAUUAAGUAUUUUAGACAUUAAUAUUGAUUUAUUUCGCGAUCUUCUUGCAUUAAGUGUUUCCCAACCAAGGAUGUCCAACGUAUCAGCGGAUCUAACAUCGUAACUGGCUCUAGUAAUAAUGUCCAAGACCCCCCAAAAGUCUGCCCAGACCCUAUCCAAGGCUACGAGGGGUGCAUGACCCCACCAGGAAAUCCACCCCUGUGGUAGCUUACAAAUUUUCUCAUUUCACCAGAUGUGAACCCAAGUGAAGAGUACAACUUGCCUCAGAAACUGCGAGAACAACGCAAUGACUUGGCCCCAGUCUCAAUCGUGUGGCAUAACUAUGCAUUGAACAAUAUAGAAACAGAAUGGAUCUACUCGGCUCCUAAAGCAGUCCUAAGACCUGAGGUCGCUGUUACCUUAAACAAACUAGGCCUUGCAGCCACCAUAACAAACUUAGAUAUAUCCAAAAACCGCCUGGAAAGCCUACCCAUAGAAAUCUUCCAGCUGCCAUCUUUAAAGCACUUUACUGCUUCGAAUAAUGAAAUCAGUCUUCUGCCGGUUGGAAAAGGUCGGUUAAGCGUCGGGGAUACUUCGUCAGAUGACGUAUUUCGCGAGAACGAGGCUGCGAUGUGGCAUUGUCCGUACUUGGAGGAAAUUAACUUACAGAAUAAUAACUUGACUUGCUUGCCAGGGUGUUUGUUUUUAUUGCCAGCAUUGAGGAUUUUGAAUGCAAGCAUGAAUGAUAUAGGAGCACUGCCAUUUGAUAUAUGGAAUACGCCCAACUUAAGACAAGUGUUGCUGAGUAAUAAUUAUAUCAAGGGUCUUCCCGUACUUCCAAGCGCAAGCGAAGUCUUCAGUACGAACGUGAACGGGUAAGCAAAACUAAUGAAACUUUUUUAAAAUUGUUGUUUGUAUAUCAAGGUUAAAGUUGGUUUCUGAACAGAUAUAUUAUUAAACUUAAAGUCUUAAACUAAACUUUUUUCUAUUGGAUAGCUCUAUUAGUUCUAAACUGUUCUCCCUAGAGGUCCAGCAAGGGCUUCCGUCCAUUACUGGUCCUGUGUUACUGUAGUAGAAAGAUGACCCGAAGAAAAGCUUCGCGAUUUGGUAGAGUCGAAAUGGAAGCAUUCUUCUCACGUGUGACUGAAGUAUAAUCAGACAACUGCAAGUUACGAUAAUCGAACUUCGGUCACGGGCAAAGACACAUGGGCUGAAUUUCAGCAACCAACACCUCAGAUAUUGUGCUAGUCCAAUCCUAGCUGGUUUACUUCAUCCAAUGUGAUUAUAAUUUGGUUGCAAGGUGUAGGAUGAUUUGAGAUUACUAAACAUAUUUUUGUUUUUUUAGGACGAAAUGGAAACGUUCCAGCAGUGCCUCAAUCGAAGAAGAAAGCCAAGGGUCCAGCACCUCCAACGCACGCAGCAGCAGAGGUGAAGACAUGAAAGAUAACAAACCGGUUGCAGAACGUCUCAAGAUCACCAGUUUCCGAUCGUUGCUAGGUGACGGUAACCUGGAAACCGAGGAGUCUGACGAAGACGAGGAGUUGGAUACCCAGGUCGAGUGUCCCUUGGAAAAACUAGAUCUUUCUUUUAACCAGUUAGUGAAGUACCCAGUCGGCUUGCCGUGUCUUGCUCCCAAAAUGUCCAAGUUGUUGUUGUCUAACAAUAAUAUUGAGAAGUUUCCUCCAAUUCAGGAAAUACCUGAACAUCUCUCGCAUCUAGAUUUAUCUUUUAACAAAUUAAAACAGUGCAUACCAAACUGCGAGGACAAACAGUGCGACAGGUAAGAUACUGUCUUAACUAAACUAAUAUUAUUUGUACUGGAUAGUUCUACCAGUUUUGCACUCUUCUUCAUAGAGCUCCACAAAGCUCCGUCCCUGACUGGUCCAGUGUUACUAAACGAGGAAACCCAUUUCGGAUCUAAAUUGUUUUCCUUAGAAGUUCAGUAAUGGUAAGGGCGCCCCUUAUAUUCCAGUACCGUAUUUGCCCAAACCUGUUCUAUGAAAUGACUUUAUUGAUACUGAAUAGCUCUGUUGAGUUCAGCCUGAACUAUUUUCCCUAGAGAUCCAGGAAGAUCUGUCAGUGUUCCAGUGUUAUCACAGGAAGAAACAUUAGUUCCGGCAGAAAAUCUGCGGUGUUUGUUAGCUAGAGUCAAACUGAAAAUACUCUGAGGGGAUUUUAUAAUCACACAACUGUAUAUAUUACAGAAGUCCAACAUCAAUAUAUGUUGUGAAAAAGUUUGCUAUAAAGUGAUGUGUUAAUCUGUUGUAUUAUUUUGUCCAGGUUAUGUUACAGUCCAGUACAAAAGCGUCGCUUGAGUAAACGUCGCAGCAGAAGUAGGACAUCGGUAUCGACGUCGCCAGUCUCUCGAAUGUGGUGUCGUCACUGCAGACACAAACGAUUACGUCAUAUGAAGCGUCUUGAGCUGAGCAACAAUUUUUUACACGAAGUUCGCUUCCUCUGUAAAGGGCGCCUGAUUCACAAAACCUCCAGUAUGACAAGCGUUAACAAAGAAGGUGAAAGCUCCGGUGGGACAUUAAACCCUACAGGGAGUGUGAAGGGCAAAAAUACCAUCGGGGAUAUCUGUGUUUUCCCAAAUCUGAUCUCGCUAACACUGAGCUAUAAUAAACUGGAGUAUCUGACUGACGAACUCGGGAAGCUGACUAAACUGGGCUCACUUAAUGUGAGUCAUAACCCGCUGUCCAAAUCAGCGCGGUUACCGCCAGCUAUAGGGAUGUUAGGGGACCUUUGGGAUCUCAAUCUGAAAGGCUUGAACUUGGUGGAUCCACCGCCCAGUGUGUUGGAAAAGAGAACGAAGGCAAUCACUGGCUAUCUGUUGUCUGUCCUUGAUAAGUAAGUUGGAAGCUUGUGUAUAUUACUGAAGAAAUAUCUUAGCUAAUGUAGUUAAAUUAUUAUGAGCAAACUUUCGUUGGUAGGAAUGCAACUACCUGAAAAAUAGGAGAAUUUCGACGUUUUGAGCCCUUCGUCUGGAGUUACUGAUUUUGUGUCUAGUAACUCCAGACGCUUCUCUCGAAACGAAGCUUGUUCUACCAACGUCCUAUCAACGAGAAAGCUUGUUCAUACUGCCUACACUGGCACAUACAGUUUUAAAUUAGUAUGGUAAACAUUCCUGGACAUCACACUGGAAAAAAUUUUGAAAAUCCAUAGAAAGUCAGAAUGGAAAUUGUACGGACCUUUAUUGGAAAUAGAAUGGAUUUUGGUUAUCCAUAAUAAUUGUAUAUUUCCAUAGUAUGGGAAUAGUAUGGAAAUAGUAUGGAUAUACUACGGAUUUAGUGGUGCGAUUGCAAAUGUCGUAGUAUGGAUUUCACUUUUUUUUCCCAGUGUGAGUGGGUCUGACUAAAUUGCCAACUUAUAUUAUAUUGUAUAUAAUGGUUGUUUGUAGGUCGGAACCUUACCUAAGUAUGAAGUUGAUGUUUGUUGGUGUGUCAAAUAUUGGCAAGAGUACGUUGCUAGGAAAGUUGAGAGGAGAAUCUUCUGCAGCCAAAGGAUGGCAUGAACGCAAAGAUACCAAGAAAACGCCAAGUAUGUUAAACGGCAUUUUGUACGAUCUGUAAAUCUUAUAGCAGUAAGGUGGUUUACAAUGUCACAGUUCUUAACAAGGUAUACAGUAGAUAGAUUUUACCGGAUAUCCAGUCCGCGAAAUACACCCUUCCCGCGCAAUACACCUUUUCCGCGCAAUACACCCUUCCCGCGCAAUACACCCUUCCUGCGCAAUACACCCUUCCCGCGCAAUACACCCUUCCCGCGCAAUACACCCUUCCCGCGCAAUACACCCUUCCCGAAAGUAUCUUGGCUUUGGAGCGUAUCUUGUUACUGAUGACCUAAUUAGCAUUUCUCACGGCCAAUUUCUCCGCCAUUUUGGGGCUUCUGCCUCUCCCACGUUUGAGAGUCUCCGCACCACAAAAUACAACUUAGCAUUGUAGUUGUUUGUAUAAUGGUAAAUUUACAGUUACAACUUUUAAAAGUCGCUUUUCACGUUGUUUGAAUUGUCUAGAAUCUUUCACGAGGGCAGACAGUACCCCAAAAUGGCGGAUUUUGGGAGAGAAAGGCUAAUUAUAUAAAAGUCUUGAUCGUAACUGUAUGAUUUCGUCAAUGUGUCUGUAUCAGUUCGUUCCGAGACGAAGGGAGACAACGAAUGAUUUUAAUUUCCACUCAAGAAAAUUUUCCGCAGAAAGAAAAUUUUGUAAAAUGUGAUUGGCUUACACGAAUUUUUCGUGGAAAAAAAUAUUGAAGUUGAAAAUUUUCGACUUUUAACAAUGACAUUUUCGGAACAUUUUCUGGCCGUGGAAAUUUUUGUUGAGUGGAAAUGAGCCUAAAGACUUUGAUUUCCAAGCUUUUAGCUACGUCAAAGAUUAAUAACCGGAAAUUAUUUCACUGUGUCAGCUGUGUGUUCGCUCGCAGGAUUUGAAGUAAUCGAUGUUCUGUGUUGGAUUUAAUUAUUUUGUAACUUCUUUCCAGCCAAAGGCAAGAAGACAGAGAACGUGUCGACGGUUGGAGUGGAUGUCUCUGAAUGGGUGUAUCCUAGUCCGGCUGGCUAUGUCUUCAAGAAUAAUCGACCUAGUGUCACUUUUAGCACAUGGGAUUUUGGCGGUCAGGUAUGAUUAGUCUUCUGCACACACCAUAUAGUAGCUAUCAAACUGAGAACUUUUGUACAUGAUACACGCACGCACGCACGCACGCACGCAUACAUACAUACAUACAUACAUACAUACAUACAUACAUACAUACAUACAUACAUACAUACAUACAUACAUACAUACAUACACACAUACAUACAUACAUACAUACAUACAUACAUACAUACAUACAUACAUACAUACAUACAUACAAACAAACAAACAAACAAUACAUAACUCUAUCUACGGCUCAUGGUGAUUGAAUAAAUGAUAAUUUAAAAAAAAAAUUUUGUUUAUUUUAGAAAGAGUAUUAUGCUACCCAUCAACUUUUUUUGACACAUCGUGCACUUUAUCUCGCUAUCUGGAAACUUACUGAUGGUGAAGAAGGAGUGAAGAAUUUGCAUCCAUGGCUGUUAAAUAUACAGGUUUGUUACAGCAUUGAAUGAAUAGGUUUUACUUAAACUACAGAUCCAAGAUUCAACUUUAUACCUUGAAUAAGUUGUAUCUCUCUCUCUUCAGGCCCGAGCUCCGGAUUCAGUCGUGAUCAUCGUCGGUACUUUCUAUGACCAGCUCACGGCACAUGAGAAGAAAAAUGGAUUUGUUGAGCGCAUGCGCAAGUUGAUCUAUCAACAAUACGUAGGCAAAGAUCUAGAUGGUGGGAUCGGAAUCCCUCGUGAACGGGGACUGCCGAGAGUUCUACGAGUGAUUGACGUUAGCUGUACGACUGGUCACCAUAUCAAUCAACUUCGAGAAAUGAUUUAUACCACUGCUUUGGAUAUUAAAGGACCUGGUAUGUGCAUCACGUGUUUGUUGUUGGCUUGAUUCCUGCAAUGGACCUUUCUCCUUAUAACUAAAAUUUUGAUAUAGACAAGUCUAGACAAAAAUUCCAUCACAGCUGCAAAGAGUAUCAAGAAAUUAGUAAUAUUCCGAAGUUUCGUUGCGAAAUGUUGUAAAAUGCGGAUAAUAUAGCCCUGCGAAAUUUGCAAUUUUCAGUCGUUUUGUAUUACAAACGGGAAAUUGAUGCCCCAACACCCGAUUGGGCUGUCAGUUUCCCAUGCGUAAUACAAAAUGACUGAAAAACCGCAAAUUUCGCAAGGCUAUAUUAUCCGCAUUUUACAACAUUUCGCAAAGAAACUUUGGAAUAUUACUAAUUUUGUGAUGCUCUUUCAAGCUGUGAUGAAAUUUUUGUCUAGAUCAAAAUUUUAGUUAUAAGGGGAAAGGUCCAUAUGCAGUCAUCCAAUUUCCCAGCAACUACUGUGUAGAUAAAAUGGCUCUAUUUCAGAAAUUGCUUUGCAAGUUGCAGCAAAAAUAGCCUUCUAUGUUUCGGCCUUUACUGUCAGACGUCCGUACAUGUUAUUUAUUUUGUAACAGGAGGACACAACUUACUGGAAGAACAUUUAAUACCAGCCAGUUAUCUAGCUGUGAAAGAUGCUGUAAAUUUUAUCACCAUGGAGUGUUAUUUUACCAAUCAAACUCCUGUAUUGAAAGCGGACGUCUUCAGGUAUGCAUUAUCGUAAACAUUGCUUUUAAAACAUUAUUUUCUCCAAUAGUCCUCAGAACGUAGUGAAUUUUAUAGACAUUGUUGACCCCGUGUACAAACGAUCAAGUUUUCCGUGACAAAUUUCCUUGACAAAUUUCUUUGACAAGUUUACCUUCUCGUGUGUACGGUCAACAAGCUUUCCUUGACAAAUUUCCUUGAUAAGUUGACCUUCUUUUGUGUACGGUCAACAAGUUUUCCUUGACAAGUUUCCUUCACAAGUUUCCUUGACAAGUUUACCUUCUCGUGUGUAUGGUCAACAAGUUUUCCUUGAUAAAUUUCCUUGACAAGUUUCCUUGACAAGUUUACUUUCUCGUGUGUACGGUCAACAAAUUUCCUUGACAAGUUUUCCUUGAUAAAUUUCCUUGACAAGUUUACCUUCUCGUGUGUACGGUCAACAAAUUUUCCUUGAUAAAUUUCCUUGAUAAGUUUCCUUGACAAGUUUACUUUCUCGUGGUACGGUCAACAAGUUUUCCUGUUUUGCACCGAUCUUAUUCACAGCUUAGAGAUGUUGCCAGCAGAUUUACGAAUAUCACGACUUCCACAUGAUAUCCUCUCGUCCAAUGGGAUGCAAGAAUACAUGAACUUUGGUACAUAAUAAUCUUUUUUUCUUACCUUAGACAAAAGGUUGAACGUGAACUGGAAAUAAAGGACGUAAAGCUUCGAGAUCAUGAAGAACUGGAACAAGCAUGUCAAUUCCUGCAUGAUAAUGGUAUAUUACUACACUAUGAUGAUCCCUCGCUAUCCGGGUUGUAUUUUCUUGACCCGCAGUGGCUAUGUGAUAUGAUGGCGCAUGUUGUGGCUAUACGAGAUGUCAACCCUUUUGUCCAAAACGGUAAGUCUGAAUUCAGUACUAUGUGUAGAAAGGUUUUGAAGAUGGAAAUUGUGAAUUUUAUACAUAUACCCAUUGAACUAAAAAUAACUGGAACGCUACGUUCAAGCGGAAGUUUGAAGCUAAAUUAUACAAGCUCGUACACAGGCUUUAAAAGGCCCGUUUUAAACUGAAAAGGCCCGUUUCCCUUUCGAUUCGCAUCUUGCCAUGAAAACGUUCAAAACGGCAUGCUUCAAGCGCCCCCUGUAUUGUCUCGCGAGUAAAUCGCGCAGUAGAAACACGCGUGGAAGUACGUGUCUGGGAGUCAAAACUGGCUUCAUUUGGCUUCAUGGGAGUCAAAUUUUGGCUUCAAAAUUUGCAUGCGCAGUUUACUGAACGUAGCGUUCCAGUUAUUUUUAGUUCAAUGCAUAUACCUCACUAGGAACAGUUGCGAAAAAUGCAACUAGAGGCCCUGUACGCGCAUACAAAUUGAGAAAAUCAACAACUUGUUCCAGGUUGAUAUCAACAGGCGUGAACAAGGUUGUGCGGCCCACUAUGAACAGUAUUGUCAACAUGUUGUUACAGCAUUGUUCAACUGUAACAACUUGGAACAACAUGGUUGAUAACUUGUUCAUAGUUGGUCGCACAACAUUGUUCACGCCUGUCGAUAUCAACUUGGAACAACCUGUGCGAUUUUAGCCGUGUAGCAGGAGUCUACCCUGCGGCCCUGCGAUUAGUUAUAUCGAGUGUAGAUUUAGUACGGCCUAUUUUUGGGUCAGUAAUCAUUCUGGGUACGUUACUACGUUUACUCAGUUUCAAUUAUUAAGUUAAGUAGUUUAGUUUAGUUUAGUUUAGUUUAGUUUAGUUUAGUUUAGUUUAGUUUAGUUUAGUUAAGUGAAUAUUUAAUAGCAUUUAUAUAAUAAUAGUUUGUAUGUAUUAGUAAAUUAGUCUUAAGUUUGUAACAGUUAGCCAGCACACCUCUCAUGGAAAUCAGCAUAAUGUUGAAUGAGAUUAGUGUGCCUAAAUAAAGUUGAUCUAUCUAUCUUUCGGUGAUUUUUCAGGUGUAAUGCGAUCUUCAGAUCUGUCCCAGUUAUUCCGCAGUGAUCGCUUUCCUUCAAAGUUCAUACACGAGUAUAUAGACCUUUUGAAUAAGUUUGAAGUCGCUCUACCAUUGAUCACAGAACAUUUGUUGGUCCCAUCUUUAUUGCCUGAACAGCAGAUUGGAAGCCGUAAUAUCAUGGCCCAGGGAGUGAGUACUGUUAUAGCGCGGUCUAUGAAUAUGGCAGCGUAUACUGAAAACAGAGUGUUGAGGAGGCAAUACGUCAUGUCAUAUGUGCCAAGUGGAUUCUGGGCUCGACUUAUUACCAGGUAAGAACGCAUCGUAUAACUGGAGUGUUACCUUUCGACCAAUUGUUAGCUAAAAAUCAUAAAGUGAAUUUUUAAUUUGUCUGUAUUUUCAAAGAAUAUAAAAAAUAAGUUCUUUGUAGGUUUGCAUGGCGAUAAAACUUAUAAUACUUUUGUUUGUGGAAACACCACGUAAAUAAAUUUGCAGUAAUAAAUUUACGCGGUGUUUCCACAAAGUGGAAUAUAAAAAAUGUGCCAAUAUCCACUUCUUUUGGCUAGACUCAAGUUCUCGUUCCAGACAUAUCUGGAGCUCACUACACAAGUUAAAGAGCCUUUCACUAUUACCUGUUUCCCAAAACUAAAAAGUUGUUGUUAAUUGCAAUUUUCAGAAUGAUAAACGACAAACAGUUGGAAGCUGUGGUUGGUGAAUGUAUGGAAUUUAUUACGAACGGGAUAUCUGUGGUAGUUGAGGAUCGCGAGAGAGCUAAAAUUGCUCAGCCCGAGUGGUCAUGUUGGAAGACUGGACUCGAGUUAUCUUGUUAUGGUGUUAAACUGUUACGCGUAUGUCAGCUGCAGAAUACUCCUUUCUAUGGCUGCCCUGAUGGUGAGUGAUAUAAAGGUGCAUAGUUAGAACGAGUCACACUCGAGAUUGAACCGUUUAGACAGAAUUGAUCGAGCAUAAGGUUCCUCCUGUAGUAAAUCUGGACCUCCUUACUAAACCUCAAGGAAGAAUAUGGAGCUAUCCAGUUGAAUAUAAAAGCAGUGGUGUGACUUUACUUUUUUGACCACUUGCCUUCGGGGCAAGUUGGACAUGAAAAUUAGUUGGCCUGAAUAAAAUUCACUUGCCAUCAGACAAUGGCCACUGGGGUACCUAGGUAGGGGGUAUAAAUUAAGGGGACAACAUGUCGACUCGUUCUCCCACUGCUCUAUAUGGCUAUGUUCUACUGCCUCAGAUAUAGCUUUGGCACACAAUGCACUAUAAAAUACUUUAGCCGACAAGAUGCCUGGCAGCUUUUUGUGGCAAGGCAACUUGCCCAAUCGGGCAAGCAAGAUAAAACGUUUACUUGCCCGUCAUGAUAUUCACUUGCCCCGGGCAAGUGUUAAGUUACACCUCUGAAAAGCUACUUUAGUUUACGUUUCCUCUUUGGUGUAAUGACACUGGACCUACGAUAUUAUGACCAUCUAAGAGAAUAGUGUAGAACUGAAAGAGUUAUCCGUUGUCAAAUAAUGUAUCAGUGGUGAUAAUAAUGACAUACUAUUUUCUUGCAGAAAACCAGUCGAUUCAAUUUUUGAUUAACGGUGAAGAACAGAGCAUUUCUUCAUCUAGUGUCGUUGAGGUGAUAGCACCAAGUGUGAUGAUGGAAAUGGAGAAAUUUGUCGUGAAGAAAAGUCCACGGCGUACUGAACCAGGUGAGGUUUAGGUAGAAAGACAUGGCAAGUACAGGUGAUAGAUGCGCUUAACGCGCUGUCCCUUACCUGUAGGCUAAGCCUGUUUUCUACUAGGCGAAUUUGUUCGCGCGAAGUGACUUUUUUUCUUUGUCGGUGUUGCUUAUCACGUCAGCAAAAGCGUUGCCACAGAAUAGGGUACACAGAAGGCCGACUUCUUGGUUUUUCCUAUGAUUUUCCUAUGAUUUUGGCGUAACCCGUAAUUCGUCAUCAAAUGCAGCCAGUGCGCGUUUGAGAGGCAUUCACCCCCUGAUAAUAUUCAAAAUGGCGGACGUCCAGGGGGGGGGGAAUGCCUCUCAAACGCGCACUGGCUAGGACCAUGGCGUCAGCAUUUUGAUGAUGAAUCAUGGCGUGGCAGCGGUUACUCGAGUCGACCUUCUCUGUGCCUUAUUCUGUGGCGAUGCCGACAAAGGAAAAUUCGUUUGACCACUCUGUACAGCUUGAUUCUGUGCUUCUGGAGUCUUUCUCCCAAGGCCUUAGUUGUUGAGACCUGUUUUACGCGCCUCUGGCUAGGGUGAAUUGAGCAACCAUGCCCUUAGUAAAUCAUUUUCAACAUCAUCAUCUGGGAAAUGGCCCACUCGUAGGUUUAAAGUCAACUGACUGAAGGCAAAAUAAAAUAAGACAUCUAUUUUUACCCUCGACGACAUCAAUCAAAUGUUGUUUUCCGUAGUUGUUGUAAGGAGCUGGACAAUAUCUUAUCUACUUUUAGGACGGGAAAACGAAUCUCCUGCCAAGAAUUUCGUGGGAUUUCGCGUGAAGUCAGUGAGUGACUCGAACAUCCAGACUGCUGCUCGUUUCCUUGCUCUUGCCAUACAACACAUUGAUACCCUGCUUCAGGACUGGUACCCAGGCCUUGACACAACCAACAUCUUUGGCGAGAAUCUAGUCACCAGGCUUAUUCCUUGUCAGAAAUGCAUUGGACGGAUUAUUUCCAUGGGAGUUCCGCCUUCACCGCAUCUUCGCGAGUCGCGAAAGGCUAGGGACGAUGUUUGCAAUGGCGAUGAGCAUGGCAAAAGUUCAUCACCCUUUCGUAAGAGUACUUUUUAUCGCAAGACCCCUGGAGAUGAUGACGACGAAGUGCCCACGCGAGAGAUGGGGUCCGCGCGUGACGUGAGUUCCACGCGAGAUGAAUCGCCUGUGCGUGAUACAACAUCGCCAUCCUCCGACAGCGGGUCGAGCAGUGGCCUGGGGACCGAUAGCAGCUUUGUUACUAUAGAUCCAGACGAUUCCUCCAGAGAAUCAUCCCCAGUCUCUCAUAAUGUUAAUCCUGAGAAGAAUGAGUACGAACAGGAUACGACAGAUAGCGACACAGAGCGGUCUGGAACUAGUUCCCAGACUUCCGGUGUUCCACCCAGUCCAAGACACGGCAGUGGAAUUGGUGAGAGAGUUAUAGCGACGUUUGAGUUUGAAGAAUGUGUGGUGAUAUCACAUACAUCUGAUCACGUGACGUGUCCUAUUGAUGGUGAUCUACCUUUGAAAGAAGCUGCACCCGAUGUUGUAAGUAAUUACCAUUGACUUUAAUUAAUAUUAAUCUAUCUCGCUAUACUAAAAACCCAACAAAGUUUUUUGAACUAACGAGUCAGCAGCACAAUUAAGGGCGCAAUAUUUUCCAGUGUGCGGAGUCCUUUACCUAGCGUCCACCAGUGAACUCUCUCUCUCUCUCUCUCUCUCUCUCUCUAUAUAUAUAUAUAUAUAUAUAUAUAUAUAUAUAUAUAUAGAUAUAUAUAUAUAUAGAGAGAGUUCACUGGCGUCCACAUAGGGUCCGGAGUUAGCCUGCGUGGCAGGCGGGUUUUUUGCGGGCAGCGAAAAUUAGGUCUUCGCCUCCCUAAUUUUCGCUGCUCGCAAAAAAACCGCCUGCCACGCAGGCUAGUCCGGUGUAAGUACACUGUAUUUCAAAGAGCUACCGUAGUUUGUGUUAUUGUUAUUUAAACAUAUUUAUCCACGGUAACCUUUCAGUUGCCUGUUUUUCAAAGGGCCGUGGUCUAAAACUAUUAAAAAGAUAUAAAACUAAAUCUAAACCUAAAGUAUAACACACUAACAUUAAUUCAAAUUGAAGUAUAACAUGCAAACGACCUUACAAUGCAAGUAAACAUUCGAUAAAAUUUCGAGAAAAUUUCGCUAUCUUAGCAAUUUUUAAUAAGCCUUUUGAACUGAUUCAAUGAAAGAUGCUCAUGUUCCUCGAGAAUUUCGUUUGGAAGUUUAUUCCAUGACACUGCUGCGCGGUAGGAAAAACUUUUCUUAAGGAAGUUAGUGUUUGGUUUUGAUAAGUGAAGUUUUCGUUCGUUACUUCUCAAUGCAUAAUUAUCGUUCUGGGACAUAGUAAACAUUUCUGUUAAAUAUUUUGGUGUCAUUUUGUUAAUUGCUUUAAAUGUCAUUGUUUGUUCACGUUGUUCGAGGAUAUUUGCAAUGGGCUCCCAAUUCAAUCUAUUUAAGAUCUCUGUUGAUCUUAUUUCAUACCCUGAACUACCUUAAAAAUAUUCAAAACACUGUUUGAUUUUCAGGUGUUUGCAGAUAUUGCUCCAGAGCUCAAUUUUGCGCCGAGCAGUGUAACACGUAAAAAACUACUGGGGCGUGGUGCAUUUGGUACAGUAUAUGCUGGUGAGCUAAAACGAGAUGGCAAGGUUGCACAGGUCGCCCUAAAAAUGCCGUUGAAUAAUGAAGUGGAUGAGAAUGCGACUGAGGAAGAAAAAGCUGGAGCAAGGGCGGCAAAACGCAAAGUUGAGGAGGUCCCUGAACAAAUAUACACUGAAGCUUACAGGUUCGUGUAGUCCCAGGUUUUCCCGCGUGACUGGUUUUGACCCGCGGGAAAAAGCCUAGCGAGGCCGAGACACUGGACGCGAUUCGACAACGCGACGCGAUUUAACUUUGAUCCCGGUUUAAGUUUUUCAAAUAUUUAGAAGUGCUAUAACAUUUUGAGUUACUUGGUCUACAUAUCUUUUAAAAUUUCCUUUCAUUGGCUGUUUUAUUAACUUUCAAAAACUGAUAAGUCGCGCCGCGUUGUCGAAUCACGUCCGGUAUGUCUCUGCCUUUAGUUCCAAAUUCAUAAAGUUAACACGAAGCUCUCAUAGGCCGAAUGACUGAAGUUCUUGUUCCAUAUAUAGAGAGCUUACUGCACGGAAAAAAUAAAGAACAGUUUAGAACUGAUGCUUGUGAUGUUACUCUGAGUGUAUAUCCACACCGCGCAGGCUUGAAAAAUAUGCCUGGGCACGGUGGGAAUCGAACCUACGACCUUUGGAAUACUAGCUCAUAUCAGUUUAAAAUAUCAGUUUAGAACUGAUAGAGCUAAGAAGUGUUGGAGCUAACCAGUAUAAACACAGUUAAGUUUAGUUUACUUCAAUGGACAGUUGUUUAUACUCUCAUAUGCCAAAUACUAAACAAACCAAAACGGUCACUGUGUACCUUUAUAUAUGUGUAAAUGCUAACAAGCUCUCAUCUUGUAGGUCCAUACGCCAAGAGUUAUCAAUUUUAGUCGACCUCAACCAUCCACAUAUAUUACAAUUAAAAGGUUUCUGUCUAAACCCGCUGUCUCUCAUUCUUGAGUUUGCUCCGAUGAAGAGUUUGGAUAAGAUCUUGGCAGAUUAUAAGCGAGCUGGUCCCCACCUGGAUCCUUAUGUACUCCAGAAGUGUGUAGUUCAGGUUGGUUGAACGCCGUUACGAAUCUACAAGAUAAACUAAAUGUAGUACUAUUGGAUAGCUUUAUCAGUUUUAAACUGCCCUACCUGGAGCGCCAGUGAGGGCUUUUCUUGAACUGUUUUCUCAGGAUCUCCAGUAAGGGUCAACGUUUACUGUUCCAAUCUAGUACAACAGUAGGUUUCCUAAACUAAACUAACUUUAUUUGCACUCGAUAGCUCUAUUACUUUGUGAACUGUUCUCCGUUCAUAUCGACGAAGGGCCAACUGUUCCAGUGUUUCUACAAGAGAAAAUUUAAACUAAACUGGCUUCAUGUGUACUGGAUAAGUCUAUGAAAUGAAUUUUCAACAGUCUCCCUACAGGUGCAUUGAGGGCUAACCUUUGUUGUUCCAGUGUUACUACAGCAGGAAAUUCGAGUAAUUGGUGUUUGGUAGUCCAACCAGGGAGGGACUUACUGAGGGGGGGGGUGCAGCCCCCCCCCCCCCCCCCCUCCUAGCCCUGGCCAGAGGGAUUGCAGUGGGGUGCUAUUUUUCAUGAUAAAAAGCAAAAAAAUUCAAAUACAGUAGUCAAGCAAGAAUUUGCAAUAGUCAAACAAGUUGAUGACCAGAGCUGACAGAGCACCCCUCCCCCCCUGCCAGAUCAUGCUGGAUCCAUUCCUGAGUCCAACUAGAAGCACUCUUCUCACAUGCGACUGAGGUGAAAUUAUAAUCUCACAACUGCAUAUUGUAGAAACCUCAACACGGUCACAGAGCUGACCAACACCCCCAAAUAAGUAAAUAGAUUUAAGAUUUACUAAAUAUCUCCACCUUUUUCUAGUGUUCUGCUGCCCUGAAGUACCUUCAUAAACGUCACAUAAUAUACCGUGACCUCAAGUCAGAAAAUAUUCUCGUGUGGGAAUUUCCUCAUCCAUUCUCGCCCAAUCAGCACACUCAUCAAGUCGUGAUCAAGGUUGCCGACUACGGUAUUAGUAGGGCAGCGUCCAUAGCUGGUGCCAAGGGACUUGGUGGCACACCAGGUUUUAUGGCUCCUGAAAUUGAGAAGUACUCUGGUCGGGAAUCCUAUACUGACAAGGUUUGAAAUUUAUGCGGAAAUUUGUCGAUCUUAAUACUUGAACUUAACACAUAAUGUACUUGAACUUGGUCAAAUAUACCCUGAUCCACUUAAGCCUUAAGAAUAGAUGAAGAAUCGAUGUAGUCAUUAUAGACCUAGGGCUGUUCAAUGUUUUUCCAGGUAGUUCAGACACGAAUUGACCAUUUGCGUAAUAGACUAAAUUUUGAUCUCAACAAAAAUUUCAUUACAGCUUGAAAGAGCAUCACAAAAUUAGUAAUAUUCCAAAGUUUCGUUGCAAAAUGUUGUAAAAUGCGGAAAAUAUUGCCUUACGAAAUUUGCAAUUUUCAGUCAUUUUAGAUUACAAACCGGAAAUUGACAGCCUCGAAGGGUUUGGGGCUGUCAAUUUCCCGUUUGUAAUCUAAAAUGACUGAAAAUUGCAAAUUUCGGAAGGCUAUAUUUUCCGCAUUUUACAACAUUUUGCAACGAAACUUUGGAAUAUCACUAAUUUUGUGAUGCUCCUUCAAGCUGUGAUCAAAUUUUUGUCUAGACUUGUUUAGUUCAAAAUUUAGUCUAUUACGCAAAUGGUCAAUUACGACAGCUGAAUUUGAACUUGCCCAAUUUUAGGUGGAUUCUUUCUCAUUUGGGAUGUUUUUGUACGAGUUGAUCACACUUGGCCAACCAUUCUCGGAUCUGAAUGCUGCUCAAGUUAAACAACUUGUGGUUGAAGGCAAAAGACCUCAAUUAUCAUCAAAAGUGAGUGAUAUGUACAGUAGAGAGCUUCAGAUUUGACUUCCACUGCCUCUCACUGGCUUAGUACCCAUGUGAUUGGUUAAUCAGAUAUAUCAAACACAUGUGAUUGGUUAAUCGGAUAUAUCAAACACAUGUGAUUGGUUAAUCAGAUAUAUCAAACACAUCUGAUUGGUUAAUCGGAUAUAUCAAACACAUCUGAUUGGUUAAUCGGAUAUAUCAAACACAUGUAAUUGGUUAAUCAGAUAUAUCAAACACAUGUGAUUGGUUAAUCAGAUAUAUCAAACACAUCUGAUUGGUUAAUCUGAUAUAUCAAACACAUGUGAUUAAUUGAUUGAUUGAUUGGUUGAUUGUUCCUGCGAUAGUGGAAGUCAAAUCUGAACCUCUCUAAAUCGUACUUUCAAUUCUUUUAUUUAAACUUUACCCAUUCGCAGACUAACCGUGAUCAGAUUUUUGUCUGCAUUCUUUUGUGUCCAUCGUCUGUUAUUCGAUACUUAGAUAUUCCUCUGCAAAGUGAAUAAUUUGGUCUUCAGUCUCUCUCUGCUCUUUAUCUCCUGGUCCAUAAUAUCACAGGUUCAUAUUCAUCUCUUAGUACGUGUCCACACCAUCCCAACCUUGCCAUUCCUCAUCUUUUUUCAACGUCACUUUAUACCAUGAUCAUUCUGACCGGCUUUCUUCAUCUCUUCUUGUUAAGUGUCCAUAGCUCGCCUUCAUUUCAAUGUCCACCUCACUCCACCAUCCUACACAACUAUCACACUUCUACUAAUCUGCGAAUACUUGCUCUUUUCCAAAUGCUAUUUCAAUUCCCGUGCCCUUAUUUGUAGGAGAAGCGUGCACCUGUCUUUGCCCUGGAACUCAUGGUCUGGUGCUGGGCUCAGAAUCCCGAAGAUCGUCCUUCGAGCAGUCAACUAUAUAGCACAUCAUCAUGUUCUGAAUUUCCAAGAUUGCUGGAUGUUCUUACAUUUGAUGAAGCUCUACAUCUCACUAGAUCUAUCACCACCAGGUCACGUGACUAUGCAGGUUGGUGAGAGUCUCCAGUAAGCUCUAUAUAUAUAUAUAUAUGGAGUAAAGACUGCAGUCAUCUGAACUAUAUACAAGGUGUCCCCCAAAAACGAAAACUAUUGAAAUCACCAAUAACAAUGUAAUUAUUAGAAUUUGAAUGCCAAUAGCACUUUGUUGGUUCCAAACGAGUGCAUAAAUGAUUUACACAAGUAAAUUUUAUGCGUAAAGAAACUAUUUGAGAAGCUGCUUUAAAUUCCCAAGAGCAGAAAAUUGCGCACUUUACAAGGAGAUGUUCUUAACUAAAUUUUAAUACAUGCUCCUUGUCAAUAUUUUACGGAUCAUUACGUUCAGCUUUUUGGUAGGGCAUUCAAUUUUAACAAUAAGCGGUUUCAAUAGUUUUCGGUUUUUUUGGGACACCCCGUAUAUGCUGGCGUACAUGUAUAUUGUUUUAAUUUUACAGGUCAUGGUGCAGACGGGCAGUUGAGUAUUGGUAAGGAGGUUUGGUUAUUUCACAGUAAACUGAAUGCUAGUAUACAUAAAGAGACUGUCGAUGUUUUAUGUUACAGCAAUGGUCGUUCUAACCAUUUAGAGGUAGGUUUCUUAACUGUCAUAGAUUAAAUAUCUUCAUAUCACUUGUCAACCUUUGCAUAAAUAGAAGUCAAAACAAUGCGUGUAGAGAACAAUGGGAUUUUCAAAACAAUGAAAAGACAAUAUCACUGGAUCGUGACUGGAUGUCAUGGAUAAUAGUGGGUUUUUCAUAACAAUGAAAAGACAAUGGAACAUUCCGAUCACAGAGUCGUGACUGGAUGACAGUUAUUUUUAUGUUAUUUGUUAUGGCCAAUGGUAAAAUGUGAAGAGCGACUAUAAAUAUAUAAUUAUUCUUUUCACCCCACUAGGAAUUCGUCGUGGGUAAAGACGUAAUUCGUGUAGCCUGUAGUGUUGGCAAUACAGUGUGGUUAGGCUCAGAAGCUGGUUUUAUCUACGUCUACUGUGCGAUCACAUACAAACCACUGUGCCAAGGAGCUUUACGUUGUGACAAUUAUAUAAUGAGUAUGAUCCAUGCUCCUAAAUGCCACUGCGUGCUUGUAGCUUUGUAUAACGGUCACAUCAUGGCUUACUCCGAUAAUGUCUACAGCCAUAACAAGUUUCGCGAGAGUUGUGAUCUAACUUCACCUAAAGACCUAUCGCCAUUACGAACCUACGUUGGAAAUAGUUAUGUCCAUUGCCUGGCAGUAGUUGGAAUACCGAAGGACAACCAAGGAGAAAGAGGAGAUGGAUCGCCUCAGCUUACUUACGAGGUCUGGUGCGGUAAAGGCAAGGGCCGUAUUGCAGUGUUGAACGCAGAAACCUUGCAAGAGAAGCAGCAUCUCGCUGCAGAGGAUUGUGAUCUUGAUAACCCAAUACUGGACAACCUGACAGUGACUACGUUACAAACAUGCCAGACUUACGGAGGGAGUAUUGACGAAGUUGACAAACUGGCGACGUCAGUCUGGCUGGCUGUCUACCCAGGCACUUGUGUGUAUCGCUAUGACGCAUGCGAAAAACGGGUAGUGAAUAGUAUUGAUUGUUUACAGAAUCGUCCAAGUGGUGAAGGUAACUUUAUUAAUACUACAGCAGCUCUACCGAUUCUGGAGGACCUCUGUUCUUCCUAGACGUCCGACGAUGGGCCUUCUCUCGAAACAUCGAAUUUCUCCUUGUAUUUUUCUGGUAGCUGUGUCCCUUUGAAUCCGAAGCUUUCUUAAUAUUGGUCCAGUGUUGAAAGAAACUAAACUCAAUUUAUCGACACUAUGUUUGUGAUGUUACUCUGAGUGUAUAUCCACACCGGGCAGGCUUGAAAAAUAUGCCUGGCCACGGUGGGAAUCGAACCUACGACCUUUGGAAUACUAGCCCAAUGCUCUGCCAACUGAGCUACGCGGUCAGGUCGGUUCGAGUAUGUGAUAUUGAAUUAAACACCAACACAGAAAAAAAAUGAUUACUAGAUUGCAUUGAUAUCGAAGGAACUAGACUCAAUUCCGAAAUAUCACAUACUCGAACCGACCUGACCGCGUAGCUCAGUUGGCAUAUUUUUCAAGCUUGCCCGGUGUGGAUAUACACUCAGAGUAACAUCACAAACAUCAUAUUCACCUGAGUACAUAACACCAACACAGAAAAAAUUAUCGAUACUAGAUCCCUCUCUCAGGUCUAAAGUGUUUUCCCUAGGAGCUCAGUUAUUACGAAAGGAAACUCGAGUGCCCGGAGAAGUAACCUGUAGUAUGUUGUCAGUAGGUGUCUUGCUUUGGUCUGUGUCAAAGUUGCUUUAUUUAUCCUCUUCUUAUUGUCAUAUUUCUGCGUUCUUAGGAACUCAUCAAAUUUAUGCUGCAGAUAAGAAACGUAAAGGUAAUGCUUGAAUGUUUGUAUUAAGUUUCAUAAUGAACUUCAUGACAUGAAUCAGACAACCAGUUUAGAUGGACACACAGAAUAAAGACACACAGAAGGUCAACUCAGCCACAGAUAAAGA